AUGGCAAAACGAAAUGAAAAUAGUACACAAGCUAGUGUUGAUUUAACAAAAGCACUAAUGCACGGAAGCUCUGGCAUUAAAAAGAAAAUCAGAGAUAUUUCACGACUUUUAACGAAGGACACAUUACCGGCAGAUGUCAGAGUCGCUAAUGAAAGAGCACUAUCAACUCUUAAGUUGGAACUAGAAAAAAUACAGAGCGAACAAAAGGCGAAGAAGGUUGCACUUAGGUAUCACAAAGUUCGUUUCUUUGAGAAGAAGAAAGCAAUCAGGUUUUACAAAAAAAGCAAAAGAGAAGUCGAAGAAUUAGAGACUAAGCUCAAUGAAGUUACUGGUGAGUCUGAAAGAAAAGAUACAAAGAAACAAUACAAAAAGGCAAAACGUGUUUUUGAACAUUGCAAGAUUGAUUUAGCUUACAUCUUAAACUAUCCAAAAGAUGAAAAAUAUAUUUCCUUAUAUACAAAAACUGUCGUUGAAAAUUUACCUAAGAAAGCAAUAGACGGUAUCAACAGGGCUAACCAAAGAAAGGAAGCCCUGAAGAAGAUGUUUGCAGAGCAAUUAGCCAAUAACGAGCUGCCAAUUAGUUUAGAAGAAGGGUUAUCUGGACAAGUUGCGAAGGACUCAAACAACAAGAAUAAUGGCACAUCUAAAAAAACUACUAACACCAUUCAAAAUGUUGAUGACAUGAAGGUAGAUACCAAGGAGAAGGAAGAGGAUAACUUCUUUGAAUAG